UCAGGUCUGGACGCCAAAAUCGUCUGUCUGGCUGUACAGAACGAUGCGAACAAGUCCUCGAUGCAGUUUGGUGGACCGGAGCGAUCCUUGUACAAGGGAGAUCUGGCUUGGGCACCUAUCAACAAGCUCGGCUUUUGGCAGCUGAACAUCGACUCAUUCGCCGCUUCUCCUUCUUCUGCAAGCAAUGCUGCUGCCGCUAAGCGCGACUCUACUCCUGCCUCUCACAACGACUCAAAGAAGAACAAGCAGAAGGGCACUCAGGGUAAAAAAGGAGGCCAUGCAGGCAAGAGUGGUAUCACCAAUAUGGAUCUCAUCCUCGAUUCUGGCACAUCUCUCAUCGUUGCUGGUCCCGAAGGCGCAAAAGCUUUCUGGGCCGACGUACCUGAUUCGACUUUUCACCACGAGUACGACCUGUACACUUUCCCUUGCAAUGCUAAUCUGAAAGCAGAGCUCAAGAUGGGUGGAAAAAUUUGGAAAUUGGAGCAGCAACAUUUGAGCUUGGGACCUAUGAAGGCGGGAAGCGAUCGAUGUAUUGGAUCUGUGGGAGGGAUGGAUACACAGGGGGUUAUUGUGUGGGGAUUGGCGGGAUUGAGGAGUAUGUAUGCUUGCAUGGAUCAUGAUAAGAAGAGCAUCGGGAUUGGACAGCCUACCUGGUGAGGUAGGAAUCGUCGAUGCCAUCAGAAGGACCUUGAAGGCGAGCUCUGGUCCAGCUCUGGCGCCACCCAUAUCUACUCACUCACUCACACACACACUCGCACACACACGCACACACACGCUCAUUCUCAGAACCAGA